AAUUGCCAACAUAAUGUCUAGAAAUUCAGUGAAAAAGGUAGUUGGAGCCAUCCAGAAAUUCUAUCCAAUUUCUUUAGCAGACAAGACAUGGGACAAUACCGGACUAUUAGUUGAUUCCAGCUACGAAGAUUCCGAAGCCAUCAGCACCCCAAUUAAAGUUUUGUUGACCAUUGACUUGACACAAGCGGUUGCAGAUGAAGCAAUUUUGAAAAGAGCCAAUUUCAUCAUGGCAUACCACCCAUUUAUUUUCCGAGGAUUAAAAUCAAUCACUCCUGCGGAUCCACAACAACGAUCUCUUAUUAAGUUAAUCCAGAACAGAAUCAGUGUAUACUCUCCUCAUACAGCUGUUGACAGUCAACGCGGUGGUGUCAACGAUUUCCUCGUGAAGGGCAUCACUCAAGGUUUCCACGUUGAGUCUUCGGUUCCUAUCGAACAGGAUGCUGUUGAGACUGAUUGUGGAAUGGGAAGAUUAGUCGCAUUAACUGACCAUGCAAACUUGGGUGAUUUGAUUGCAAAUGUUAAAUCUAGCUUAGGAUUGACUCAUAUUCAAGUUGCCCUGGCCAGCGACAAUCACCAAGUCAAAACUAUUGCUGUGUGCGCAGGUUCUGGAGGUGGUGUGUUUAAAGGUAUUAAAGCGGAUUUAUAUUAUACUGGUGAGUUGUCUCAUCAUGAGGCUCUUUAUUUUAAAGAAAGUGGUUCCUCUGUUAUUUGCUGUAACCAUUCAAAUACCGAAAGAGCAUUUUUGAAAGUGAUUAAACAACAGUUGAUUGAAGAACUCGGAGAAGACAAUGUUGACGUUAUUAUUAGUGAGACCGACAAAGAUCCAUUUAAAGUUGUAUAAACUGUGUAUCAACCUAUAGUAGCUUUUAUGAAAAAGAUUGAGCCGCACAAGCAACAUUUAUUUUUUGCGGGGUUCUAGAACCGGCGGCGCGCUUCUAUUG